AUGUUCACAAGAUCUGCUGGGCUUCGUGCCGUUUCCCGUAUAUCAAGAAGACUUCAAUCCCAUGCCAGCCAUUCUUCCGAAACGACGAAGUCUGCUCCUUUCAACAACAAGUACAACUUCAACGUCAACCCUCCCCCAAUCCACCUGUACUGGAACCAGAAAAACUCGCUAGUCCUUUUCGCCUUUGUUCCUCUUUUUGUUGGUGUUGGGUAUUUGGGUAAGUACACUGGCUCUAAUACGCCUGGCUUCGAAGGGUUGUUGGAGUUUGCUGAGUCUGAGAGUUCUCCAGUGAAGGAGAUCAAGUUUGGAGAGCCACAAUUGAGAAAGUAG